UUCUUUGACUUUCUUUAAUCCGUAACCAACUUUUCUUCUCCAAUACUUCCCACCAAACUGUAUAAAGCAGAAAACGUGUUUGUUUCGCAAGAAAAUACACAUCCUGCUGCUCAGUAGUCAGUACUCAUCUGGUUUCCAGACUUUUCCAGGAAGCUUGCAAAUACACUAGAUUCAUGGCUCAAUCAACUAGCAGAAAGCUUAUUCAAAUUGAUGUCAGUUCAGACACUGUGUGCCCAUUUUGUUUUAUGGGCAAAAAAAAUCUGGACAACGCCAUAGCUUCAUCAAAUAAUCAAUAUGAUUUUGAGAUUAGAUGGCACCCUUUUUUCCUGGAUCCUUCUGCCCCUAAAGAAGGCGUUGACAAGAGAGAGUACUUCAGGAGCAAGUUUGGAUCUCGAGCUGACCAAAUGCUAGCUCGGAUGUCAGAGAUUUUUAAGGGACUUGGGCUAGAAUUCAACAAAUCCGGACUAACGGGAAGUACUCUGGAUAGCCACAGGCUAUUAUAUUUUGCUGGGAAGCAGGGUGUUGGUAAGCAGCAUAGUCUCGUGGAGGAGCUGUUCCUAGGCUACUUUACACAGGCAAAGUUUAUAGGUGACCGGGAAUUUCUUGUGGAAUCUGCUCGGAAGGUUGGCAUAGAAGGAGCAGCAGAGUUCCUCGAGGACCCCAAUAAUGGACUGAAGGAGGUCAAUGAAGACCUUGAGAAGUACUCUGCACAUAUUACUGGAGUCCCAAAUUAUGUGAUUAACGGGAAGCAUCAGCUGAACGGUGGCCAGCCCCCGGAGGUCUUCCUGAGAGCUUUUCAAGUGGCUGCAAGAGACAGCACCUAGCAAAACCAUAUGAUUUUAUUAUAUACUGUCUGUCUUGUGAAAAGAUGCAACUUAUAAUCUCCCUACCCUUGAAAAUAAAGUGGCUUGCCCAGUGUAUCAUGCAUUGAGUGUGUAAUAAAAUUUUGAACUAAUGACUAUGAUGAUGAUUAUAUACAUAUAUGUAUUGACAUA